AUGGAAAGAACAAAAGCACCUUCGGCUUUAGAAACACAAUCUGACUUUGAUUUCGCAUAUUGUAUCAGCUGCGCCCAAAAACUCGGAACAAAAGACAGGAAAAGUUACCAUUGGCUUAUCAUAGAAGGGAAAGUUUUGCAUCUGACGGACGGCAUUACUAGCAGCUGUGACUUCAGUAAACACAACCCAAGCUUGUCCCCGGAGCUUUGGAGUCUUCAACGCAACCACAUCAAGUAUCCUUCCAAAACUGAGAGUUCCGUGGUUUCUGGAGGAAUCAGAGAGAUGGAAACAGAAGAUUGGAUUAUAUUACCUUCUUUAUUGAUCUUCUCAUUGAUAUUUUUAAUACGACGACACAGAGCGAGCGCCCUAACUGAAGGAGCUAAAGAGCCGAGAGAGCAGACAAAGGGGAGAAGAAAUCGUGGCGUUUCCAAUUUACACGCGCCAGAGAGUAAAACAGGACGCAGUUUUAAGAUACUAUUAAAAACGUUACGACGAUAUCCCUUUCCCCUUUCUUCCACCGCGUUUCUAUCCUCUUUCCUUCCUUCUUCUCUGUUGGUUAAACCCUACGACUGCUCAGGAUCUCUCACAGUAGAGGGAACCAUGAAUCCCUCGCUCUUCACCUCCAUUAAUGCUCCAAUCUCACCUUCCCCACGGUCUCCAUUACUCUGUCAUUUCCUGACUCCUUUGCCUCUCCGUUUCUCGAAGAGUCAGUGUCCGACUCGCCGUCAUUAUCGAGUUUCGUUCCCUCGUAGCUCAGCUACUUCCUCCGACCAACCAUUGGUAUCCACGCCUUCGAAGAAACCUGGUGUACAUGGAGAUAAGAAGGAGCUCACCGGAUUGCAGCCGAUUGUAGAGAAAAUGACGCCGCCGGUGAGGCUGGCGACUUCUGCUGUUGUUUUAGCGGCAUCGAUAGCUGCUGGUUACGGCCUUGGGCUCCGGUUGGCCGGCUCCAGGAAUAUUGCUUUGGGUGGGGCUGCUGUAGCUGGAGCCGCCGGUGGAGCUGUCGUUUAUGCGCUGAACUCUGCCGUGCCGGAGGUAGCUGCCAUCAGUUUACACAACUACGUUGCCGAAUUUGAAGAUCCUGCCGCUGUGACCAAAGAUGACAUAGAGAGGAUCGCUGACAGAUCCUGUGUCUGUGACGAAAGAGUAUGGUGUCAACAAAGGAGACGAGGCGUUCCAGGCCGAGAUUUGUACGUAACUUCCGUGCUUCCAACUGAAGGACAGUCUCUUAAAGGGGAUGAAGUGGAGAAGAUAGUCAAGUUUAAAAGUGCUCUAGGAAUAGACGACCCUGAUGCAGCGUCUAUGCACAUGGAGAUUGGCCGGAGGAUUUUUAGGCAAAGGCUUGAGACUGGGGAGCGUGAAGGUGAUGCAGAACAGCGUCGGAAAGAGAGCACAAGUGUGAUCACAAGUUGUAUGCUCCCAGUGCAGGCAUUUAUGAGGCUUGUAUAUGUUUCAGCUCUUGUGUUUGGUGACGCCGCAUCCUUCCUUUUGCCUUGGAAGCGAGUAUUGAAGGUCACAGAUGCUCAGGUUGAGAUUGCUAUUCGUGAAAAUGCAAAGCAGCUGUAUGCCGAAAGAUUGAAAUUAGUUGGAAGAGAUAUUAACGUAGAAAAUCUUGUGGACCUUAGAAAAGCACAACUAUCAUUCAAGCUUUCUGAUGAGCUUGCUGAAGACCUGUUUAGAGAACAUACAAGAACAGUAGCCGUAGAGAACAUAUCAUCAGCUCUUGGCGUACUAAAAUCCCGCACACGAGCAGUGAAGAGUAUGACACUUGUUGUGGAAGAGCUUGAAAAAGUUCUGGAGUUUAACAACCUUCUGGUUUCCUUGAAAAGUCAUUCAGAGGCAGAUCAAUUUGCACGAGGGCUUGGCCCUGUUUCUUUGAUAGGAUCCUUAACCUUGGAUUUAUGUGGCUUAGGUGGUGAGUCUGAUUUUGAGAGGAGGAUGGAUGAUUUAAAGCUCCUUUAUAGAGCAUAUGUUACAGAUGCUUUAUCGGGUGGGCGUAUUGAAGAAAAUAAGCUUGUGGCAAUGAGCCAACUGAGAAACAUACUCGGACUGGGAACACGGGAGGCUGAAGCUAUUACUGUUGAUGUUACGUCCAAGGCAUACCGUAAAAGACUUUCUAGCGCUGUUUCUACUGGUGACCUUGAAGCACAAGACAGUAAAGCAAAAUACCUUCAAAAGCUAUGCGAAGAGCUGCACUUUGAUGCACAGAAGGCAAGCGCAAUCCAUGAAGAAAUCUAUAGGCAAAAGCUUCAACAGUGUGUUACUGAUGGAGAGCUGAGCGAUGACAACGUUGCUGCUUUACUAAGGUUAAGAGUCAUGCUUUGUAUUCCUCAGCAAACUAUUGAGGCAGCUCAUGCAGAAAUCUGUGGAAGCAUAUUUGAAAAGGUUGUCAGAGAUGCAAUCUCUUCUGGAGUGGAUGGUUAUGAUGCUGAAACUCGCAAAUCAGUAAGAAAGGCUGCUCAUGGUCUUCGGUUAUCCAGAGAGACUGCCAUGUCUAUUGCGAGCAAGGCUGUCCGAAGGGUUUUCACAAACUAUAUCAGACGGGCAAGAGCGGCAGAGAACCGCACGGAGUCAGCAAAGGAGCUCAAGAAGAUGAUUGCUUUCAACACGUUGGUUGUGACUGAAAUGGUGGCUGACAUUAAGGGAGAAUCUUCUGAUAAGGAACCUGAGGAGCCUGUUGUAGAGAAAGAAGAAUAUGGUGAAGAUGAGGAGUGGGGAUCCCUCGAGUCGCUCAGAAAAACAAGACCCGACAAAGAACUCGCGGAGAGGAUGGGAAAGCCUGGCCAGACUGAGAUUACUCUCAAAGAUGACCUUCCCGACAGGGACAGGAUUGAUCUGUACAAAACAUACUUGGUCUACUGUGUAACGGGAGAGGUAACAAGAAUCCCGUUCGGCGCCCAGAUCACAACAAAGAGAGACGACUCAGAGUACUUGCUUCUGAAUCAGCUUGGUGGGAUUCUGGGACUGACUUCGAAAGAAAUAGUCAACAUCCACGUAGGCUUAGCUGAGCAGGCUUUCAGGAAACAAGCUGAAGUGAUUUUAGCUGAUGGGCAGUUGACAAAGGCUAGAGUAGAGCAGUUAGACGAGUUGCAGAAACAAGUUGGGUUGCCUCAGCCACAAGCCGAGAAGGUUAUAAAGAAUAUAACAACCACAAAACUGGCAAACGCGAUAGAAUCUGCCGUUAACCAAGGAAAACUAAACAUAAAGGAGAUACGGGAGCUAAAGAAGGCAAACGUGAGUCUUGACAGCAUGAUCUCUGUGAGUCUGAGGGAGAAACUGUUUAAGAAGACAGUGGAUGACAUAUUCUCAUCAGGAACUGGUGAAUUCGAUGAAACCGAAGUCUACGAGACAAUCCCAUCCGAUCUCAGUAUUGAUGUGGAAAAGGCAAAAGGCGUUGUCCAUGAUCUUGCUCGGAGUAGAUUAUCGAACUCGCUGAUCCAAUCCGUGGCAUUACUUAGGCAGAGAAACGCCAAAGGAGUGGUGUCGUCGCUGAAUGAUUUGCUUGCAUGCGACAAAGCUGUGCCGGCUGAACCGCUGUCAUGGGAGGUGUCGGAGGAAUUAUCGGAUCUGUAUGAGAUUUAUUCAAGGAGUGAUCCCAAACCGGCGCCGGAAAAAGUGUCGAGGCUGCAAUAUCUGCUGGGAAUAGAUGAUUCGACUGCAACUGCCCUCCGUGAGAUGGAAGAUGGGGCAUUAUCUUCUGCUGCAGAAGAGGGCAAUUUCGUCUUCUAA